AUGAAACUUGUACAUGUUGACGGAAAUAAAAACAUAUCUGAUUUCCUAUCGAGAAUACCUAGUCAUGAGAAAUGUGUCAUUUUUGACGGAGAUGAAUUAGUCGAUAUUAAAAAUUUUACUUGCGAUAAAAAUGUUCUCGCUUUGACACGAAGUACAGCAAAAACCCUACAACAGCCAGUCGAAAAGCUGUUUGAUCAAUUCAUAACAACACAUAAUGCAUUGAAUAAAACUCCAAGUUCAAUUAAGAUUACAAAUGCUCCAGUCAAUGAAAAUGAUGAUACAGAUUUCGUUUAUUUCAUAAAUAAAGACCUUUUCAAUUUAAAACCAAAUCACGCUAAAAUGUUAAGAAAUAAAAAUAUUGAAGUAGGGGAAAUUAUAAGCGAUCAGAAGAUUCACUUUUUGGUGUUCAGAAAUACCGAAAAUUCUUUAAUCACACCUCAGAUUAUAUUUACUCUUUUAAUGAAAUUAAAAAAUAAUUUUGAAAAACUGAAAAUAAAUAAAUUCUCAGUGAUAUCACCAAAUGUAACAGCUGUUCCAUUAACAAACAAUGCUUUUUUCAAGAGGGGCGACCAAGUGUUCAUGAAAAAUAUAUUACAUGGUACCGGUCGGAAACUUCAACACCGCUACAAAGGGCCUUACGUUGUGUUAGAAAGUUUGAAUGAACAAAACGUUAAAAUUUUAGUGGACAAUAAAGAAAAGAUCGUUCACAAAAAUUUAUUAACAAAAUAUAAUGUUUAG